CCACACUCGUCUCUCAAAGAGGUACAGAGAAACAAUGAUGUCGGCGUAUGUUUUAAUUUUAAUUGUGAGUUAAAACUUGAAUCCAUCUUUUGCGAACUAAAGUAGUUCGAACACGAUAAAAUUUAUUGUGAAACGAUAGCUGAUUCGAUCCUGAAUUAUCAAACGAUGAAAUUUGCCCGUUUGAGGACGGAAUUGGAUCGGAAAAGUGAUGAUGAAAAUUAAUCAAUGAGACAAGUCGAGUGCUCUUCUCGUUCGCCAUGAUUCGGGUAUGUUAAUGGUGAAGCAAAGGCAAUGGAAGAAAAAAUCUGUUCAUUUGUUUCGAAUGUGAAAUCGAAUUUUGUGCUGUGUGGUGUCGCCCUGUCCGGAAUCGUCAUUGAUUUUUCACGGCUGGGGUUCGGUAAUAAUGUGCGCUGUAAAAUUUGAUUGAAUUGGAGUUCCUUUUCCGUUUUGAAUAAUUGUCCAAUACUAUUAUUGAAGUUCAAUUAUUCAAAUAUGCCACAUUUGUGAUAUAAUCAAAAUUGUAUGUGGAAAUUUAUUGGCAAUGACUAGUAAAAGCAGUUGUUGGUGAUUAUUCAGUUAAAAAAAACAGCAUAUAUGGGAUAGUUGAAAACAGUGAAGAAAAUUAUCAUUAUCACCUAAGAAAAUCGAUUGCAUGCGGGUGACAUUUUUAAUUGGAAAAGUGAGUUUUGAGGUUAGAAUCAUCCAGAAGUGUUUUAAGAGUGUUGGCAACAGCAGAAGUUGCGACGCAAAGCGCAAGAGAGAAAAGUGUGCUUUCGAAAAUCAUCAUAAACUUUUAUACGUCGUCUCUGUCCGCCGUUGGUAGAAACUACAGGCAGAAGGGCAGUAAUAACACCAACAAGAAGCAUCCAGGGAAACCUAGCAGUAGUCCAUCCCAAAAGCGGUAUGGGAAAGGUGGAACAAGAUGAAGAAGCCUUUAGAAGGCAGAAAAAUAUAUAUCGUAUAAAUGAGUGAACUCUGGAGACGACGCGCGGUUAUGAACCGGAGUAUUCUUUGUCAGUGAUUGUGUGUAAUGACGAGGUCGAGUUUUCGCUUUGGUCGUAUAAGAAAUGCAAAACAAGAUUAGUUUGAAAAAAAAAGCAACACCAAUAAAAUGAUGAAGUCGCGGAAAACGGAUAUGAAGUCCGUCACCAGCUCAGCAAAAACGUGAUUUCUUAGAGAAUUUCAUUUCAUCGUAGGCGAUGAACCGAUCGAUUCACUUCAAAAAAAUAUAUGCUAGAAUGCAGUUUUCUGCUAUCAAACAACAACGAAUUUAGAACAAUACGAUUAAAUUGAAACAUGUGUUACGUAUACUUUUUAAAUCGAUUUUCUAUACAGGAAAAGCACCGACAUCAGCAAAUGAGUCAGUCAAACGCAGCAAGUGAAACCGCUAGCAUUUUUCCUUUAAAUUGCUAAACGUUUGUACGCCGCUAGAAAAAAAAACGGCAGUACAAUCUGUCAAGUAAAAGUAGUGUUAAAAGUUAGGAUACGUCGUCAGUUGGUCUCCUGGUAUCCAGCAGUUUAACCACUAAUAAAAUGGACGCCUACUAUCGAUAUGAUCCAACUGCGCCACGAGGCAUGGGGCCACCGGGCAAUGCGGGUGGGCCGUACGCACGACACAGGGCACCCCACCCGAUGCAGCAACAGCAAUCCCAAUCCCAGUAUCCCUCAUACCAGCCUGCCACAGCAGACAACAUGUACUCGAUGCCGGAUCAUAACACCGGUAUGGCUGGUAUGAGUGAUGCACUGUGGGGUACCCAGCCGCCGCCACCACCUCAGGCCAACCCUUACGCUGCUCCGAUGGGCUAUGGUCAUCCCCAAGCACCACAGCCUACGCAACGGCAAGCUCCGACAAGCUAUCGGCAACAUAUGACCGGCUAUCCUCAGCAGGAUUCAUCAAAACUGCAGUACCCCACACAGCAGGCAAUGAUGGGUGGCAUGAUGCCACAGCAGGGUUACGGGUCGUUAAGUCAACCCCAGCAGCCAUCUCAGCAGCAGCAACAGCCACAACAACCCCAGCAACAGCAGCAGCAACGUGUUUCACAGCACUACCCGCAGGCUGGUCAUUCAAUGUAUCCGGGUGCUCCGGUGGUUCAGCCUCAAUCUGCGACUGCUCAGGCCGGUUAUGCGUCGUAUGCUCCCACAAUGCAACAGCAUGCCAGCCGAACGAGUCAGCAUGUUUACACCCAACAUCAGCUAGAACAGUCGGCUUACGGACAGCAUAUGGGUGCUAGUCAGGUACCGACGAGUCAUCAUCAGAUGAGUACUCCCCAGCAACAGCCACCCGGUCAGCUUCCGCAGCAUCCACCCCAGUCCCAUCUACCGUUGCCCGGUCAGUCCCCUCAAUCGCAGCAACAAAUGCAUGCCAGCCAGAUGCAACCGGUUCAACAACAGCAACAGCAAAGUCAGCAACCGUCACACAGUAGCCAACCAACGCAUCCACAGGCUCAUCCACAGCAGCAUCCUGGGCUGGCGGGGUUAACACAACAACAAAGCCAACAGCUCGCGAAUCAGCAUCCCGGCAUGAUUCAUUCACAGCAACCGAACAGUGGAAGUUUAAUGCACGGAAGCAGUGCGUUGGGUUCUGCAAUGUCCCAACCACAAUCAAGUCAGCAACCAGGGAGUCAUCACAGUACUAACACACUGGGAGGUCAUCAAAUGUCUCACAGUGCGCUGUCGAGUGUGCCCGGUUAUGGUGCGAAUGCCCCACAGCAGCAAUCGUACCUACCGAAUGCAACGAAACAGCAACCCCAACAGCAUGGUAGCAGUCCCCAAUAUCGGGCGCCUUUCCCUCAGUUAUCUCCACAAAUGUCACCGCGACCACCCCAAAUGUCUCCCCAUACACAGAUGUCACCACGACCUGUUAUGUCACCUGCAAAACCGCCAAGUAGUGUUUCAUCGCAAGCACCACAAACUACACUUCCGACAACAAUGUCGCCUCAUCAGCAUAUAGCCAGUUCCGGUGGUAGUAUUCAAAGUCCUCGACCGCAACAGUCUAUGCCCGUUACGAAACUAACAACGACUUCAGCCACUGGUCCAGUCAACACCCUGCAAGCACUGGAACAGAUGGUGAUGCCACCUUCUGCUGCUGCCGCAGGUUUAGAAUACUCGCAGGCGGCAGCUUACCGAGGGCCACCGCACCAGCAACAAAUGCAGAACAAUCCACUGUCUCCGCUUGGACCACGACUGCCGAUGUCUCCCCAGCAUCACCAGCAGUGGCCCCCGAUGGUUCAGCGGCCUGGCAGUGGAGGGAUAAAUGGAAACGCUCACCACGGGAUGCCACAGCAAUCUCCACAACAGCAGCAGCAACAGCUGGGCAAUCAGCACUUGCCGCCAAUGCAUUCUCAUGCACCGCAUUUACACGUAUCACAGGCAUCCCAUCCACCUCCACCGCACGCUCAACAGAUCUCACAGUUGAACGAUAUCUCCAGUUUGAUACCACCUGUAUCGCAAACGAUGUCUGUGAUACCACCAACGCAAGGCCCUCCAGCCGGGCUGCAGUACAGCAAUCUAGACGAUAAGAGCCUCGUGGAGUCAGUUCCGCAGCCGCAGCAGCCACAACCUGUACAUAGUCUACAUCAGCCGCAUCUGUCACAACCACAGCAACAGCAGCAGCCACCACCUCCACAACUUCCAUCGAUGCAUCAACCACAUCAAAUGGCCCCUCAGCAACAGACACAACAACCCCCCAUGCUAACGCAGCUUCAGCCCCCAACGCAUCUGCAACAGCUUCACUCACAGCAACCAUCGCAACAUCAGAGCCACCUGUCUUCGUUGCAGUCAUCUAUGGCUCCCCAGCAGCAGCCACCGCAAGCUCCUUCUGUUCCUUCGUCACAUUCGAUUUCUCAGCAGCUGCAAUCACCGUCAUUUAAUGACGAAAUGAUGAUGUCGCCAAGCGGCCCACAACAGCAACAGCAGCAACAGCAGCAGCAGCAGCAGCAGCAGCAGCAACAGCAACAGCAACAACAUCAACAUCAACAACCAAUACAACAACAUAUACCGGCUGCUCCAGCGCCAAUUCCCACAUCAGUUCCAUCUCCAAUCGCACCACCAGCCCCAGUGCAACAUCAAAUACCACCAAUCUCACAAGCAUCGCAGAUGAAUGAACUGCAAGCGAUGCAAUCGUCCGCAUCAACGCCGCAACAACCCAUUGUUGUUCAACCCCAGCAGCCUAAAUCUCAGCAUAGCCAACCGCCGCCGCCACCGCAACAUCAAAGCUCUGCCCCGACGAUCGAACUUCCACCCAUUUCAACACUUACGGUCGAGCCACCUGCUUCCAGUGUAGAAAGUGUACCACCUGUUGUCAGCACCGAGUCUCAACAACCGUCGACUGAUCUUAGUCUAAUCGAUAGUUUGACAUCAACUAAUGCGAACGAAGCACCAUCGAGUCUGGGUGCCACCGGAUCGAUCCCAGAAUCGGCAAUCAGUGAAACUGAUAGUCUGCAGCAGCGACACUCGGCAUCAGAGCAGAACAGUAGCAACGAAGAAUCACGUGACAGUAUAGUUCCUGCACCGGCAGAGUCCAACACUGACGAGAGCAAAUCCUCCAGCUCAUUAAUGUCCGGAACGGAUUUCGAAAGUAUGAAUCCCACCAAUACCGGGACGGGAGGCUCGUUGCUGAAUUCAGACACCGGAAUGGACGAUGCCAUUCGAGAAGGACAAACACUUGGCCUGGACAGUAUCACCACUGAACCAAGUGAAAAACGGGAUGAUAUGUAUCAUUCGGAUAAUUCGAAUCAAGCACCAACUAUUGAAGCUAAAAAGACUGAUGUUCCAGUAGAACCUAUGACAGUUCCCGAUCCGGUCACUUCGGUUGCACUGACUGAACUUCAAGAGCCAGAAGUGACAACUGCAACGAACACAAGUCCGGAGCAAACACAUUCUGUUCCUACGUCUACCACGACACCAACAAUUCCAACGACGGCAAUGCCGUCCUAUCCCAACCAAAUGACCCCCGAACAAAUGCCUGGUGAGCCAGUAAUUUCGACAAGCACACCGGCUACGACGAUACCGCCAAACUCAACUCAGAUUCCACCACUGCAACAUUCCCAAAUGCAUCCCCAGAUUCAUCCCCAGUACGGACAAAUAGGAGCUCCAGGAAUGACACCAGGGCAAGGCCAACCACCAUCGAUGUAUGGAAUGCAUAUGCCUCCCAGUUCUCCGAUGUUGCAUGGUCCUCAUGGGCCGGGAAUGCAUGGUAUGAUGGGUUCCGAUAUGAUGAAUCCAUAUCAAACCCCGUACCAGUCGCAUGCUCAGGAAAGAGCUGCUAUUCAACAGCAACUACAGGACAUGUACAAGUUGCCGAUGGCCGACAAUCAAGAGAAGAUCAUGCGUAUGCAGGAACGGAUCGCAAUGCUUCAACAGCACGAAACGACAGACGGGUGCCAGGGUGGACCACAGUGCAUUAUGCAAAACCACUCGAUGUAUUCGUCCGCUAUGAUCGACAGUCCUCAGGUUACGAGCACCACAGGCCGCCGGGGACGAGCUCCGUCGAACAAACCGCGAAAACCACGUUUGAAAAAAUCGGAGAAACUAGCACAGGAAGCAGCAGCUGCUGCAGCAGUGGUAACUACACCGGUUCCCGUAGUACAACCACCACCUCCACAGCAAUCACAGAUAACGUCCGGCGAUGAAACGUCCCAAACACAGGCACCCAUAACUACGUUGCCGGUUUCAGAAGAUGCCGUUACUGCCGGAACCGGUUUGUCGGAAGUUACAUCAGAAAGUUUCAGUGAAACUCUGAAUGAAACUGAAUCUCAAGAUAAUCUUUCGAUUGGUGACUUGGAUACUUCGACCGAUGCGAGUGGUAAAAAAUUAAAGAAACCACGGAAACCCAGAGAGCCGAAGAAACCAAAAGAAGCGAAAGAACCGAAAGAGAAGAAAGAAACCAAGAAAAAGGAACCAAAAGAACCGGCUAAAUCGAAGAAAAAGAGCAGUAAAAAGAGUUUGAACACUACCACCGAAGGAGACAACUCGAUAUCUAUGGACAACACAAGCCAAGAUCACGAUCAAGGUCAUUCGAAAGCGACAAGCGAAGCGGAUGAAAAUCAAACGUUGGCUUCACUGAUGCAUUCGCAGAAUUCUACCGAUGCAACGGCCGGUCCUGAGAAGGAAUCCAAAAUAGACGGUUCCAUCGAUGAUGAGGUGACAGAUUUUGACGAUAUUCCGGUGUCGAAAAUUCCCAUCAAGAAUUUAUUGGAAGAAAGUGAGAAAAAAGAGCAGGAGAAUGGCGAAAGUGCUGGCGACGGAGGAGAAACUGAAGGGGAAACACCCAAAAAGAAGAAAAGUAGUAAGAAAAAGGAUCCCGGUAGCGGCGAGAGUAAAAAGAAGAGCUCAUCCUCGAGCGCUUCGCGAAGUAAAAAAUCUUCCGGUAGUUCGAAAAGUAGUCGCACGCGAUACCGACCCCGAAUGAUGGAUGAGUCGGAUGGUGAGGGAGAUGAUUUGAUGAGCACUCCGCCUCCAUCUCCACCGCCAGAUGCCGAAAUCGACAGUUCGAAACGAAGAUCCGCUCGUAACACUCAGCGCAAAAAAUACGUUGACGACGUUAUGUUACGGUUUUCCGACGACGAAUCCGGAAUUAUUUCCCCGAUGCCGACUAGUCGCAGAGAAAAGAAGACGGAUGCCGACAAAAAAGACGCCGAUAGCAGUGGUGAAGGAUCGGCCACCGCUGGUGCUACUGCUGGUGUUGCUGCUGCUGCAUCUACGGAAGCCGAUGCGGUUGCGUCAAGUUCAAGUGUUACCGCAGCGGAUGGUGAAGAGAAAGUAAGCACCUCGGACGACAAGCUAGAUCUCAGUGCCGAAAUGAAGCUAGAUGACGCUAACAAACCCAACUACGUGUAUGUGAACACGGGCGAUGAGGAUUCGAUGGUGGUGCAAUACGUACUGGCCGUUCGGAUGGGCAGACGUGAGCUGAAACCGGAUCCACCUCCACCGCCACCAAAGGAGAAAACUCCUGAACCGGAGGAGAAACCAAAUGCGAAGGAAGGCGAAGAAAGUGCUGAAAAACAGAAUGAAGCGGCGGAAGAAGAAGCUACCGCAACGAAGAGUGACGAGAAAGAGGAAAAAGACGAAAGUAUGGCUACUGAACACACUACCGACGAUGAUGCCAAGAAGGAACAGGAUGAGGAAAACCAGAAAGAAGAUGACGAUUCUGUGAAAGAAGACAAAGAUAUGUCCGAUCACGACGAAGAGACUACCAAGAACGAUGAAAAGGCUGUUGACACGGUAGCGAAAGAUGAUCAGAAACAAGAUGAAAGCCAAGCAGAUGAAGAAAAAAUGGAAACCGAUGAGGUGGAAGAAGAAAAAGUGCCGUCUGAUGAGAAAAGCUCUCAAGAUAAUGAAAACAGUGAAAAACCUGAAGAGGAAGAGAAAGAAAAGGAGACAGUUGCAGACCAAACCGAAGGAGACAAACCCAAAGCGGAUAGUAAAAGUGAGGAGCUCGCUGACGGUGGAUCAAAAGCAAAGAUAUCGAAAGCAGCGGAAACGUCGUCGACAGAGAAGAAGGAACCGGUGUUUGUCGACGUUGAAGAGUACUUUGUCAAAUAUCGCAAUUUUUCCUAUUUACAUUGCGAGUGGCGAACGGAAGAUGAACUGUUUAAAGGAGAUAAACGAGUGGGAAAUAAAAUUAAACGUUUUCUGCAAAAGCAACAGCAACAUCUCAACAUAUUCGAAAGUUUGGAUGAGGAAUCAUUCAACCCGGACUUUGUAGAGGUUGAUCGAGUUCUGGAUGUUUCCGAGCACACGGACGAUGACGGUAAAACAGUGAAGCACUAUCUGGUGAAAUGGAAGAGCUUACCGUACGAGGAUAGCACGUGGGAGUUGGAAGACGAUGUUGAUCUUCCCAAAAUUGACCAGUACUAUCGGUUUAACAAAAUCCCACCCAAGAGUGAAUGGAAGACAAAGAAGCGACCACAUCCGGAUCAAUGGAAGCCACUGUCAGAAUCCCCCAUAUACAAGGCAGGAAAUAGUUUGCGUCCGUAUCAGUUGGAAGGUCUAAAUUGGUUACGCUAUUCGUGGUACAAAGGAAACAACUGUAUUCUGGCAGAUGAAAUGGGUCUCGGUAAAACUAUUCAGAGUUUAACGUUUGUCCAUUCCGUAUACGAGUAUGGAAUUCGCGGACCGUUUUUAGUUAUCGCUCCCCUUUCAACGAUCCCUAAUUGGCAGCGUGAAUUCGAAGGUUGGACAGACAUGAACGUUAUUGUCUAUCACGGAUCAGCCACAAGUCGGCAGAUGAUUCAGGAUUACGAAAUCUAUUACCGUUACGAGAACGGAAAAUAUAUCAAAGAAAUAAACAAAUUCAACGUUUUAAUUACGACGUUCGAAAUGAUCGUGACUGACUAUCAGGAUCUGAAGCCAUACAAUUGGAGGGCUUGUGUGAUUGAUGAGGCUCAUCGUUUGAAAAAUCGGAACUGUAAACUACUGGAAGGUCUUCGGCAACUUAACUUAGAGCACCGGGUUUUGCUUUCGGGAACACCACUGCAGAACAACGUGAAUGAGUUGUUCUCGUUGUUGAACUUCCUGGAACCCAGUCAGUUCUCCUCUAAUGACGAGUUCUUGCGAGAAUUCGGUAGUUUGAAGACUGAAAGUGAAGUGCUCAAGUUGCAGGCACUGUUGAAGCCAAUGAUGCUCAGACGAUUGAAAGAUGAUGUGGAGAAAUCCCUGGCUCCCAAGGAGGAAACUAUCGUUGAAGUGGAGCUUACUAACAUCCAGAAGAAAUAUUACCGCGGUAUUUUGGAGCAAAACUUUUCAUUCCUGAUGAAGGGAACGACGUCCGCCAAUAUACCUAACCUUAUGAAUACUAUGAUGGAACUGCGAAAAUGCUGUAUUCAUCCUUAUCUACUCAAUGGGGCUGAAGAUCAAAUUCAGUACGACUACCGACAACAGCACGGCGAGGAUGCCGAAGCUUAUUACAAAAAUCUAAUCGUUUCCUCGGGUAAAAUGGUUUUGAUUGAUAAGUUGCUACCAAAACUGAAGGCCAACGGACACCGUGUAUUGAUUUUCAGUCAAAUGGUCCGUUGUUUAGACAUCCUCGAGGAUUAUCUCAUCUAUAGAAAGUAUCCCUUCGAGCGGAUCGAUGGUCGUAUUCGCGGAAAUCUUCGUCAAGCUGCCAUCGAUCGUUAUUCGAAGCCAGACUCGGACCGGUUUGUGUUUUUGUUGUGCACGAAAGCGGGUGGUUUGGGCAUUAACUUGACUGCCGCUGACACUGUUAUCAUCUACGACAGUGAUUGGAAUCCACAGAACGAUUUGCAGGCUCAAGCUCGUUGCCAUCGUAUUGGUCAGCAGAAAAUGGUGAAAAUUUAUCGACUGCUCUGCCGUAACACGUAUGAACGGGAGAUGUUCGACAAGGCGUCGCUUAAGCUGGGUCUGGAUAAAGCUAUUCUACAAAGUAUGAAUACCGCGCAAGGCAAAGAAGGAACCAACAAGCAACUGUCGAAGAAAGAAAUCGAGGACUUACUGAAGAAAGGAGCAUACGGCGCAGUUAUGGACGAUGAUGCGGGAGAUAAGUUCUGUGAGGAAGACAUCGAUUCGAUUUUGCUUCGUCGUACACAAGUUAUUACGAUGGAAAGUGAAAAGGGAUCCACCUUCUCGAAGGCUUCGUUUGCUGCUGCGGCUAACCGUAGCGAUAUCAACAUCGAUGAUCCUGACUUUUGGAACAAAUGGGCCAAACGAGCCGAGAUAGAUCCGGCGGCUUGCGAAAAGGACGAAACCGAGGAUUUAGUCAUUGCGGAACCGAGAAAGCGAACCCAGAUUAAGCGGUAUGGUCACGAUGAUGGCGUUAUGGAUAUGUCCGAUGAAUCUUCCGGUGAGCAUGGUAGUGAGAAUGAAGAAGGAGGCAUGGGAUUGAAAACUAGAAGCAAACGAAAUCGUGGUAAAGAUAAGAACAAGAAGCAGCAGGUCGAGCGAGAUGACUACAUUCCUCGAGACAGGGAUACACUCGCAGCGCUCGGUUUCGAUGAAGUGCAGUACGGAAACUGGGCCCGAUCUGAGUGCUUCAAGGUGGAGAAAGGACUGCUGUCCCAUGGUUGGGCUCGCUGGACCGAGAUUCUAGAACAAGGACAGUUUAAACGAGGAUGGAGAGAACAGGAUAUCGAGGAUUGCGCUCGGGUCAUUCUACUUUAUUGUUUGGAUCGCUAUCAAGGAGAUGAAAAAAUCAAAAACUUUAUAUGGGAUCUUAUUGCUCCAUCUGAAGGUGGUGAGCAACGUGAAAUCGCACGUAACCACAGUGGUUUGCAUAAUUUAGUUCCACGAGGAAGAAAUGCAAAAGGUCGCAAAUCAACCAAUCCGGUUUCGGCUUCUGCAACGCCUCGCCGGGAAGGAAGCAUUACGGAAGUGAAUGAAGAUGCUUCUUCGAAUUCUUCCGGUACGCCGAAGGAGGUGAAAGCUACCAAGUCCGGCUCCGAUACUGGCGGAUCCAACACACCAACCAGUGAUCCUCAUCAUUGGAGCAAAGACGAAAAAUACGAUGCCGAUAAUUUACUGGACAUUAACUACAAAAAGCAUCUGACGCGACAUGCUAACAAAGUAUUGCUACGAGUUCGGAUGCUGUAUUAUAUAAGACACGAGGUACUCGGUGACCUGGUGACGCAGAUUCACGAAGGUGCCAAUGCAAGCGAUCUCCCAAUUCGCCCGCCGCCGACGCCCGACCAGCUGCCGUGCUCAUGGUGGAAUCCAAAUUGUUGCGAUCGCAGCCUGUUAGUCGGCACUUACAAACAUGGCUGCGAAAACUACCGUGUGAUGCGAGCGGAUCCAAUGCUUUGCUUCCAGAUUCACUGUGGUCCUGGCGAUGGAGCCGUCGAGGAAACGACGAUUGUCAAAGAAAACGAUGACGACGCUAACUCGAAACAAGGUGACAAUGAGGAUGAUCCCGAGGACGGUCCGUCCGAGGCACGAUCCUCGUCCGCUGGUGUCGAUUCAAAAGACGAUGAUGAAGAAUCCACAGCUGGUACCACCCCCAGUGCUGCUCCGACACCGGCCCCGUCCGAUACCAAUCCGGAGCUGAUCUGGCCAACCAUGCAGGAUCUGAACACGAGAUUGCGACGAGUUAUAACCUCCUACCAGCGCAAUUACAAGAAGGAAGAACUGAAGCAGCAACAGAAGGCGAAGCUCCAAGCAAUCGUUCCGCCGGUUUCGGCUCUCGGCGGUCAAUCGUCGUCAUCACCGUCGACCCCGUCAACUACACCGGGACCGAUGCUGAGCGGUAGCAUGACGCCGCAACAUCAGCAACAGCAACAGCCCGGUUCGCUGGGGGCCCAGCAGCAGAGCGGUAUCAGCAUGGCCGGACUUGGCAUGGGCAAUGCCUCCACAUCGUACGCCGGCACUAGCGGACUGAGCAAAAGCCAACAGCAGCAAGCAUCGGCCGGGUCCACCCCGACCGGGGGAAUGCCGACGGCUGCCGAUUUCAGUCUCAUGCUGAGCCUGGGUCUGGGUCUCAAUCCGGCCGAUGCUUCGCAGCUGGCCAAUCUCGAUCUGCAGAAGUUGGCCAUGUACUUGAAAAUGGAACGUCGUGAAAAAACUGAACAAGUUAUGCGUGAACGGGAACGUGUCCGCCUGGAACAGAUUCCCAAACGGUGGACCCGCCGUGAAGAGAAUGAGUUCAUUCGUGUUCUUACCGGAUACGGGAUUGAUCUGUUACCGAAUACUACCGUACCGACACCGGAUUGGUCGAGGUUCAAAGCUUUCGCCAAGCUUGACAAGAAAACAGACGAAAAUUUGAGCGACUUCUAUAAGGUGUUCAUUGCGAUGUGCAAACGCCAGGCCGGUGUCAAACUGAACGACGAUGAAAAGAUUCUGGAAGGGCUGGUAGAUGAUGUUACUGAAGAUCAUGCCAAGCUGAUCCUGGAUCGCCUGGAACUGCUGUCGAAGGCACGGGAAAUCAUCAAACAUCCCAAGUUGGAGGAAAACAUAAAACUGUGCGAAAACAAUCUGGACACCCCGGACUGGUGGAUUUCCGGCAAACACGACAGAGAGUUGCUGCGUGCCGUGCUGAAGUAUGGCAUCUACCGUUCGGAACAGCUGAUUCUGGCCGAUCCGGAAUUUCCAUUCUACGAGUCAGCCAAAAAAUAUCUGCAACAUUUGGAGAUUCAGAUCCAGCUGCAGAAUCAGCAGCUAAUGAAGAUGCAGGCUGCCAAAGAGGAAGCCGCUGAGAAAGCCGAAUUUGCGAUGAAACUCGAAAAAGGUGAUGAUUCGGCGACGGCGGCUGCUGUUAAAAUUGAGCUGUCGGUCAAGAAAGAAUCGUCGGUGGCCGGUGAAGAACAGCUGACGGAGAAGAUGGAAUCAGCGGAAGAGACGGCUGAGAAGAAAGAGGAAACUGUUAAAGUGGAAAGCGCAGAAGUGAAGAGUGAACCGGAGAAAAUGGAUGACGCCGAAGGUGUGGUCAAGUCCGAAUCCAAAGAGAAAAGCCUAAAGGAAGGAGAUGUAGGCGAGGACGAAGGUAAAAUGGAUACCGAUCAAGAGCCGCCGGAGAACUCAGCUGGAAAUAAGGAAGAGACGGUUGAGAAAGAUCCGCAAAUUUCUGACGAAUCCAUGAAAAUGGAUGAAGGGGCGACGACGAAGGAAGGUGAUAGUGAAAAGAAAUCUAACGAGGAAACUGCUACUACUAAACAGGAUACUGCCAAAUUGGAGGAAGAAAGUAAACCUAAAGAAGCUGCGGAAGCAGUAAAAGAAUUAAAAACUGAUGAACCAGAAAAAGAAGCUAAUCUUAGUUUCAAGGAAGAAUCGGAAUCCGUGAAGAAACCGGACCUAGACCGUGAAUCUUCACCCGAUGUGAUUAUUCUGGACGAACAGAAGAUCGCCGAUGUUAAACCGAAAACCUUGAGCGAAGAAGAGAAAUGUUCGAAGCAAGCGGCGGAGUUGAAAGCCCGAUUCCCCGAUCUUGAAGUGUUCCAACCGCUAAUGAAGUUGAAGCAGUUGGACAACAGUGUUUCGAAGGAGGACUUUAAAAAUAUAAGCAAAUUUGCCAGUAUGAUCGAUACGUCGAUGAUUGUCAAGUGGUUCCGCGAUUUUGCGUUGGAACGUCGGGUAGGUCACAUCAUCUACUGCAUUGAGCACGGCGAGUGGCCGGUCGGCAAAUCAUACUCGGCCUACACCGGUUGUCUGGGAAUCGACCUGGACAUUCCGUUGCACGAGACGAUCAAACGCAUCAUUCCGAUGGACGGCGAUCCGCGGAGAUCCACAUCGAGCACACCGGACGUUAUCACGAUCACAACCGACCACGCCGGUGCUAAACAGAUAAGCCAGGCGGCGAUGUCGGCCCAGUCGGCUGCUGCUGCUGCGGCUGCACUGUCCGCCGUCGGUCUCGGGGGUUCAGGGUCUGGGAUGAGCGGUACUCAAGGCUUGACUCAGAGUCAGAUGGCUGCUGCAGCUGCUGCGGCCGCGGCUGCAGCCGCCGGGGUUUCGCUCUCGUCAAGUAAGAAACGCAAGCGACACAUUGCUAUUGAUGUUGAAACUGAAAGGGCCAAAUUGCAUGCUUUGUUGAAUAAUACUCAGAGUCCAGUGUCAACUUCGACUCCGAAGGCGCCCUCUGCUUCCAUGCAGUCGGCCAACAAUUUAUCGUGGAACGACGACGAGAUUGUAGAUGCGCGCCGAAGUAGUGGUUCCGGUUCGAACUCGAGUGCGUUGCAGCCACCGCCAGCACAUCAGCACGGUCCCCGCAAUCCAAUGUCCUAUACGAAACCGACCCUUAUUCCGGGUACUUCUAGCACCCUGACGCCAAUUGAUUUAUCUGCCAGUUAUAGCCUUCCAAAGGUCAACAUGGACAUGUUGAAGAGCCCGAUGGAUUUGAGUGAAGUCCAGGACUUUUCGAUCGGCAAGAAGAACAAAGGCAUGGACGCUGGAAGCAGCUUUGGGCGUGGUCUUUCCGGUACCAGUAUUAGCAUAACAAGUGCUGUCGGAGUAAACAGUUCUAUGCCAUCACCGUCGGCUGCUGUGGCAGCAGCGGCCGCAGCUGGCAAGGGAAAACUGAACGAUAUGUUGUCGAAACUGAUGAAGAAAAAUAAUGUCAGUGUUCCGUUGGACGAGCCACAACUGGGAAAAGAAAAGAAACGUAGAAAGCUUGAUGAAAUAGUGCUCGGUUUAUCGGCAGCGAAGGAGCAGAAAUCCAUCUUCGGAGAUCCGUCCCCUCCGGGAGGCAGUUUCUCGGGCAGUUCGAUGAAGAAGCCACAGAUUCCACCGAGUGUAUCGGUCACACCGGCCAGCGCUCCAUCAUCUGUUAGCCAACAGCCUCAGCAGAAACCGUUCACCAUCACGGUCACCAGCGUUCCGGGUACUUCGAAGGGUGGUCAGAGUUCAUCAAGUUCCAGCUCGACAAGUGGACUGGCCGCCCUGCAAAAUAUGUCCGGUAUGGGGGCACUCACCUCCAAGGACAGUUUAAGUGCUUUGUUUGCACAGGCAGAGCAGGCGGCAUAUUUGAAACAGCAACAGAAACUCAUUCAAACGUUGCCAGCCAAUUCUCCCCAACGAAAAGCUUACGAAGCUAUGCUAGCCGACAUGAAACAAGCGGCCGAAUUAAGCUCGAAGUUAGGUCAGUAUGGUUCAUCGCACGAUGCAAAGGUGAACAAGUGGUUAGCGGAACAGACUGCUGCCCUGACCGAACAUGCCAUGAGUUUGGAUUACCUUUCAAGAUCGUCACGGCGUUCUUCUUCGUCCACCUCGCAGUCUCAAGCUACUACGCCGACUUCGUCUCGGGCAACAAGAAACUCCAAUAGCCUACAGCAACAACAGCAUCAUCAUGCUCAACAACAACAACAGUUACAGCAACAACAGCAACAACAGCAACAGCAGCAACAACAACAGCAGCAACAGCAACAACAACAACAACAACAACAGCAGCAGCAACAACAAGCAGAUAGCAAAUCUGCCGCAUUUAAUUGGAACAAUUUAACCGGUGAAGAGUACGUAUCAGUCAUCAACAAAAUUAACGGCAAACGCUUAACAGGAAACAAAGCACCACAACUGAAACGACUGACCCAAUGGUUGACCGAUAAUCCGGCUUACGAGAUCGACCCGAAGUGGGCCGAAUCUAUCACCUUGCCCGGACAAUCAUCAAAGCAAUCCCAAUCGGACACGGGAAGUCCGUCGUCGGUUUCUUCGAAGCAGAUGCGCUCCUCGGCAUCCGCUUCCUCGUCGAUGGGUGCUUCUCAGGGUGGCAUGGGCAGUCAGUACGGUAGCAGUAGCGGUAGUGGCCAGCAGUCAUCAUCGACACCGUCGAAGAAACACAGCAGCAGCAGUAAUCAAACCAAUAUGCAGUUCCCGGGUCUAGCAGGACUGAAUCCAAAUCUCCUAUCCAGUUUGUCUGGGCUGGGAAAUUUCGAUCCCAAAACCAACCCGUUGCUGAUGCCGUUUGGAGGAAUGCCAGGACUGGCAGGUUUGGGAGGACUUGGAAAUCUCAACAACAUGAGCUUGUUUGCCAGCCUAGCGGGACUACCUGGCUUGUCCGGAAUGGACGCACAAAGUUUGGCAGCGAUGAUGGCCGCAGCUGGUUUAGACCCGUCAGCUGCUUUGGCAGCGGCCACAGGUGGAACCCCAACGAAGGGUGGCGGUGGCAAUGCUAGCAAAUCGAGAAAAUCAGCUACCGAAUCCAGUUCGAGCUCGUCAUCAUCUCAGCAGAACUCCAGCAAGAGUGCAAACCAACAGCAGGCAGCGGCUGCAGCUGCAGCAGCUGCGGCUGCCAAUAGCCAAUUCCCAUUCUUUUUCCCCAACCCAAGUCUACUGUACACACCACUGGGCCUGGGAGGACUCAAUCCAUAUGGGAUUCCCGGUGCCGGUUUGGGAACAAGUGGAGUCACAACAAGCACUUCGUCGUCUACCACAACAUCCCGACAAUCGCAGUCGAAACAGAGCAGCUCACGCGGCAUGAGUAGUGCGAACCAACAAUCAGCUGCUUCACCUAGCAGUAAAUCAAGCCGGAGUUCUAGUUUAUCAAGUCAACAAGCAGCAGCCCAGCAGGCGGCAUUGGAAGCGGCCCAGUUGCAACAACUGCUGCUACCACACGACAAACAUCUGUUGGACUCGUUGACUCGGUCCGCUGGAUUGGAUAUUACUCAGAGCUUAAGAGGUAGCAGCUCGAGCUCUUCGGAUAAACGAGCUCGCGAAAGUGCAGCAGCCCAGCAAGCUAACAAACAGGCAUUUGAAAAAAUUGAGCGUGAAAGAAGAAAACUGCUCGAACAGUUACAGCAGGGGGCAUUCCCUUCGGAAUUGGCGGCAAUACAAGCCUUCACUACCGGUAAAAUGCCGGGAAUGUCACCCUCUUCGUCGUCUGGACACGGUUCAUCAUCGAAGAAUAGCAGCAGCAGUAGCAGUGCCGCAGCAGCCGCAAAUGCCUCAGCAGCCGCUGCAGCUGCGGCAGCCGCGAUGAGUGCGAAAGACCUGCAACUACCACUGCCACCGGAGUUUAGUCAAGCGUUACUCGCCGAAAUGACAGCACAUGCCCUUUCUGCCAAUGCAGCGGCCGGUGCCAGCUCGUCGUCGUCGUCUUCGGCGUCGAAAAAAUCACGAGAACAAGAGUUCAAGGAAGCAUUCGAUCAGCUCAGUAAAAAUCCGAUCGAACUACUAGCCAGAAGUCUCGGAGUUGGUCCAGCGAUUUCACUGAUUCCAACAUCAUCGUCAUCGACUUCCUCAACACCGGAUUCGAAGAGAACUUCGUCUUCUUCCCGGCACGAUCUUCAACAACAGCAAGCACAACAACUGCAACAUCACCUAUCCAAACUGGACCCGAAAACGCUGAUGCUAGGAACGUCUCAGCAAGAAGAAAUGAAAAGCCCUAGAACUAGAUCGUCUACCGAUUCGUUGGCCAGUUUAGAUAAGGUCACACUGACCCCGGUGGCAGCAUCAAGCAUAGCUGCCUCGUUACCCUCACAAACAACAAUAUCCCUGGCUUCGCCCAUCGGUAUGCCGACCACUUCAUCGAGCGGUUCGUUGAAUCUUAGUGCCAAGAGUCCGGCUUUGUCAACAUCCUCAACCAGCAGCAUUGGCGAGCGAGAACGUGAACGGGACCGGGACCGGGACCGGGAUCGAGAUCGGGAUCGAGAACGAGAACGUGAUAGAGAGCGAAACGAACGAACGGAACGCUUGGAACGUGCGGAACGCAAUGAACGAAACGAAAGAAGUCUCCGAUCGACUGAUAUGGCCGCAGACUUAAGCCGAAGCUCGUCGAGUUCAGUUUCUGCUGCCGUUACGGCGACCGUUGUUCCGGCAUCCGCUCCUCAGAAUCUCUCAACUUCCUCCACAUUAUCACCCAGCUCGGUAGCGACCUCAGCCUCCGUAACGGUGGUGGACACGGCCCACAAUCAAGAGAUGGAUCUAGAAGAUUUGAUAGCACCAUCCAAACUAUCCAAAUCGGGCAACGUUCUGAGUGAUGAAGAUGAUCCACAGAAACAAAUUAUGCUGUUGAAGCAGAAACAAAAGCUGCUACAGCAAGAGCAAAUGAAAAAACUACAGGAAGCGCAAGAGGCACAACGAUUGCUUGAACAGCAAAGAAUAGCAGAGCAGCAGAAGAAAUUGUUGGAAGAGCAACAGCAGCAGCAGCAGCAACAACAACAACAACAGUUGGAACAGGAACAGGAGCAAGCUCAAGCACGGGAACUGCGACAUAAACGUCGCAGAGAGCGGGAAGACUCCGAACGUGAAAGCAAACGGUUAGAACUCGUCGAACAGCGAGCAACUGCCACUCAGGGAGAGUCCAUUCACCAUCAGAAUCUUUCCGAACGACAAGAAUUUUCUGAGAUGGAACAACCUGAACCUGCUUCCAGUGUGUUCCCUCUUCACGGACAUGACCUAUCGCGGCAAGAAGCAGAGACAGAUCAUCAUCACCACCACCACCAGGAACACGAACAACACGACCACCAACAGCUGGAAGACCUUGACCGACACGAACGACGCGCUUCACGUCGAAGCCAUCACAGCGGGGAUCAGCAACUUCUGCAGCAGGAGGAUUCAAAUAAAUCAGACUUGGAAAAAACACCCGAUUCAUCGGCAACACCGGCACGGAAAUCGACCCGAUCGAGUACGGAUGCCGCCAAUUCAUCGGGUGGUGAAUCAAACAGUGCACCUCCGACAACUCCCUCAACUGGUGGGGGAGGUCGAAGGACCACUCGGUCUAAGAGGCGUCGCAGUGGGGACGAGCACGAAGCGUCAACGCUCGGUAUGCCCGAACGGAAACGGGAGCUACGUUCCAGCGCCGGACGACAGGCGGCAGCUGCGGCGGCUCGAAUGGCAGCGGAAGCAAAAGCGGCCGCAGCCGCGGCUGCAGCAGCUGCUGCCGCUCAGUCAUCCUCUGAAGGGUCGCUCAACUUAUCCAAGGAUCAGGAACACUCCGAUAGGGACGAACCACAAUCGAUGUGACUAAAAAUGAGUAAAUGACGCUUAUAAGUUUAGGUUGAAAGUUACAAUUUUCGGUUUGCGUGUAGAGCAGUUUUUAGGGAGAUAUGAUGAUAUUAGAGAAAGCUAUAGGAAAUGAGCACCAGACGAGGGAGGGAAAGCAAGCGAAAUAAAUUAUACCUACGUUAAAUAAGACGACUAGCGAUAGCACAAGCAAACAAACAAAAAAAAAACAAGAAAACGAUGCAGAAUCGAUGCAAGUUUUUCAACAUUUUGAACCUCGUUUGCCGCUCGUGGGGAGAUGCUUCUGAUUGUGAUCUGAUGUGAAAUGAAAUACCGUGGAUCAUCUGUGGGGGAUCACUGUCAUAACCCUAAUCUCUUUUUGUGUGGGUUUCGGUGGUUCAAAAUUUUUGAAAAAUUGCGACGUUGUUCUACGAAAAGAAAAAAAAAAGAUCUAUUAAAGCAACGCUGUUACAUGUGUACUAUAAUCCCUUGUCUCUAGCAGUAGAUAAGAUAGAGUACUAACGAAGUUAAGCAUCCAGUAUAAGUUGUGUAAAUUGAAUAAUUGUCGAGUUAGUAGAAGAAAUUCGCGACACUGUUUUUAUCAGUUUAUAUAUUAUUAAUUGUAAUUGCGACGAUUGUAACUGUGUGUACUAUCAGUAGCAGUACAUCUCAUGCUAAACCAUGAACGGCCCAUUUUUAUUUCGGAAACACUCAGUUCUAGUUGCAGCACCGCUGAAGCGCCAACGGUUGUUUGUCGGGAGUGUGAUUCAUUAAGUAUAGAGAAACAUUCUAUACAUAGGAAAGUAAAAAAAAAAUGCAAAAUUAACACUAGAUAUCAAAAGAGACUUUUGUGGGCAAAUGUUUAGCGUAUCUUAAUAGCACCUAACACUAAAUCAAACUAUCUAAUUUAUUCUCAGUUUUCGACACUAAAAUAACGUGUAUAUAUUAAAGGUAUUUUUAAAAUGUAGACACUCAGUAGAAAUCGGCCAAUUAUUGGUGGACAAUGGAUAAAACCUGAUGAAAAAUCCUAAUCAAGAAAGGUAAUAAAAACGAAGAAAUACGAUUGCAAAAAAAAAAUAGAAUAAACUUAUCUUUCUUUGUUAUUUUUCGCAUUUACAAAGACAAUUACACGAGAGAAAAAAACAACAACAACCCGGAACACGAAUAGCACUGGUGUGGUGGGCCCUUGUGCUGACUGUUGUGGGUUGCUAUUAAAACAAAACAACAAAAAAAAAAACCCUCUUGAAUGAGGUUCAUUUUUGUUGAUGGCCGCGGGAAAUUGGUGACGCAACAGAUGAGGUACCUUUUUCUCCACGGUAUAGGUAAAUCAACAAAAAAAAACAUUAGAUGGGUUGAGUUAGAUGAAUGAACACGAGAUAGACUGAAAUUUAAAAAUCUUCACUAGCAAGUUUAGUUCCCAAUAGAUCCCUCCUGAUCGACAAAAAAAAAACGACAAGAAGUGCUACAAUAAUAGUCUUCUUGUAAAUCGUUAGAGGUUAAAUUUGUGUUUAAUAAAAGAAAAGUUGAAUUAUUUCUGUUUGAUACAAAACAGCAACUACAAUUUUAUUUCAUUACAUCUUGUAGAAAAUUGUGUAGUGCCUCGAAGCACACGAAGCAAGUUAUUCAUACAGCCUAUCCUCACACACACAUUAUCUCUCUCUCGCAAACUCACACAAACAUAUAAAC